AUGAAGACCUCCGUCGCUACCUUUGUUCUGGCCCUCUCGGGCUCUGCCCUGGCUGCCCCGUUCAACUCUAACGGCACCUCCGUCUAUGCCUCUGGCUCUGGACUUCCCACUCCUUCGCGCACUCCCAGUGGUACUCCCAGUGGUACCCCGAGCAGCAUUGUCAGCGCAACCCCGAGUGACCCUCCUCUGCCCAACCCAUUCGCUUCUUCCUCCGCCAGCCUCCCUCCCUCAUCCACACCUUAUGGUUCGGGGUCAGCCUCCGUGAUCGCGAAGCGCGGCGAGGAUCUCUCCAUCCCCACCGAUCUCCCUUCCCUCGUUUCCGACGCCCAAUCUGUCGCAGCUGCGCUCGCCUCCUCGGGUGCCCAGAAGCGCGGCGAGACCCUGUCAAUCCCGACGGACCUACCCUCGCUGGUCUCAGACGCCCAAUCCAUCGGCUCUGCUCUGGCCUCUGCCGGCGCCCAGAAGCGCGACGGCUCGCUUACACUUCCUACUGAUCUCCCCUCGCUGGUUGGGGAUGCCCAGUCCGUGGCUGCUGCCCUCGCCUCUGCUGGAGCCCAGAAGCGCGAUCUCCCUAUUCCUACUAGCACCCCUGCGACUCCUAGUGGGAGUGCUACCCCUUCUACUGCGCCUUCCGGAACUCCAAAGUUCACUCCCAGCUUCACUCCUGUCGCUUCCUCUGCCACUCCUUCUGUCACCCCCUCCUCUACUGGAAAGGCAGUCCCUACUCCCACUGGUCUCUCUCUGCUCGGAUUCCCCCUUGCCUAA